GCCGCGCUACGGAUCCACCUGCGCAGCUACCAGUCGCGCCGCCCUUCUCACAGACAGCGGACGGGGGAAGACCCCGGAGCAGAAAACCGUGUGCAUUCACAAGAUACAUAAUUGUUUAUUAUUUCCAGUAAAGUGGGCGGGUAACAUGGUAGGCGGACUAAAUCAGUGUAUGUGAUCCCUUAUCUAACCAUGUCCAAGGCGGAGGAGAUCCAACGUGCCACCGAGGCAACACCGCUUGAAACCGAAUGGGUCAGAAACCGUUCCCAGGAAUAGGCUAAUAAACCAAUGACGUUUCCUCCUUUUUCCUCUUCGAUUGAAUGUUUUCAUAUCUGCCUCUCUCUGCCGUCGGAUGAGCCAGCCUGAAGUUAAGAUUCACAAGCGUAAAUGUAGUCCGUAACUUACCCCCGCCUGGAUCUUGCCUGUUGAACUCGGUGGAAACUCUUGACAGUUGAAAAUGGAGAAAUCCUCAAUGGGGUUGACUAAGACUGGCUCUCGGUCGACCGCAUCUCUCCCCCCGGAACCGGUGGACAUCAUCCGCAGCAAGUCAUGUUACCGUCGAGUACGGCUCAACGUUGGGGGUCUUCCACACGAGGUCCUCUGGAGAACGUUGGAUAGAUUACCGCGCACCCGGUUAGGGAAACUACGAGACUGCAACACCCACGACUCGCUCAUGGAGGUCUGUGACGACUACAACUUGGACGAGAACGAGUACUUUUUCGACAGGCACCCGGGGGCGUUCACGUCCAUUCUGAACUUCUACCGGACCGGUAAGCUCCACAUGAUGGAGGAGAUGUGCGCCCUGUCGUUCAGUCAGGAGCUGGACUACUGGGGCAUAGAUGAGAUCUACCUGGAGUCCUGCUGCCAGGCCAGGUACCACCAGAAGAAAGAACAGAUGAACGAGGAGCUCAAAAGAGAGCAAGACACCUUGAACGACAGAGAGGGAGAAGAGUUCGACAACACAUGUUGUGCCGACAAACGAAAGAAACUCUGGGACCUUUUAGAAAAGCCUAGUUCGUCCGUCGCAGCCAAGAUCCUAGCCAUCAUCUCCAUCCUGUUUAUCGGGCUGUCCACCAUCGCCCUGUCCCUCAACACCCUGCCUGAACUGCAGGACACAGACGAAUUUGGACAUGCCUCAGACAACCCCCAGCUGGCCCACGUAGAGGCCGUCUGCAUCGCCUGGUUUACUAUGGAGUACCUCCUUCGCUUCCUCUCAUCGCCCACCAAAUGGAAGUUCAUCAAAGGUCCCUUGAACGUGAUCGACCUGCUGGCCAUCCUUCCUUACUACGUCACAAUCUUCCUGACCGAGUCCAACAAGAGUGUUCUACAGUUCCAGAAUGUCCGGAGGGUGGUUCAGAUCUUCCGGAUCAUGCGUAUCCUUAGGAUUCUGAAGUUGGCGCGUCACUCCACAGGGCUGCAGUCUCUAGGUUUCACACUGAAGAGGAGUUACAAUGAGCUGGGUCUACUCAUCCUCUUCCUGGCCAUGGGCAUCAUGAUCUUCUCCAGCCUCGUCUUCUUCGCAGAGAAGGACGAGGAUGACACAAAAUUCAAAAGCAUCCCGGCCUCCUUCUGGUGGGCUACCAUUACUAUGACAACGGUGGGUUAUGGGGACAUUUACCCUAAGACUCUGCUGGGUAAGAUUGUGGGUGGUCUCUGUUGCAUCGCAGGGGUGCUGGUGAUAGCCUUGCCCAUUCCCAUCAUCGUCAACAACUUCUCUGAGUUCUACAAGGAGCAAAAGCGCCAGGAGAAAGCUGUGAAGCGGCGGGAGGCACUGGAGAGGGCGAAACGCAAUGGGAGCAUCGUCUCCAUGAACAUGAAGGAGGCGUUCGCCCGCAGUGCUGAGCUGAUGGAUGUGGUGGUGGAGAAGAGUGAGAGGCCGCUGACGCAAGACAACCACCUGUCACCCAGCCACUGGAAGUGGACACCUAAGCGGGCCACCACCGCCUCCGAGACCAGCUCGGCCCACUCCUUCAACCCUGUGGAGUCGCAGACGGGUUCCCCCAGCAAGGCCAGGGCCUCCAGUCCUCAGGGGCUCAACCCACAGAAGCUGGAGGAGAUGUAUAACCAAAUGGCCAAGACCCAGUCACAGCCCAACCUCAACGCCAAAGACAAGAGCUCCAGGGCUGGCAGGCAGAGGGAUAGGGAUGAGAUAGAGCUGGGGACCAUCCCUGGGGGUCCAGGGGACCCUAUGCUAGGGGGUCGAGAGGGGGUGGGGGACAUGAAGAGCCUGUCUAGUAUUGACAGCUACAUCAGCUGUGCUGCAGACUUCCAAGAGAAUCCACGUGGUGUCUACGCCCAUAGUCCAGCCUACGGCCUGGCCCUCCUGGCCCAGGAGACCAGCCGCUUCUCCCACAUCAACCCAGUCACGGCCCUCUCUGGGCGGGUCAGCACCAACCCUGGCCUCCAGACCACCCUGGAGCAUGAGCCCUUGCUGGAUCCACUCUCUGCUGUGAAGUCUGCAGGUUCUGGCAACACUCGUAACUUUAACAACCCUCUAAAGGGUGGUGGCCUUUCCUACAAGGUGAACUACCGGAGCAGUGGAAGGGAAUCAGUGCCAGGACCAGGCUCAGGCCCUUCCCCCAGCAGCGGUGGUCCUCUCUCAGACAGUUCUGUACUGUCUGACCGCUCCGUGCUCAGCCCAGAGACGUCCAUCUACACCACGGCCAGCAGCAGGACACCGACCAAGUCCCCUGACAGCUCCACCCUGACCACAGCCCUGACCUCCACACCGGCCGUUUUCACUUUCCACGACUCCUCCAUCAGUAAGUACAUUGACGCCGACACAGACGAAGAUGAGCACCUGCGGGACAUGUCGGAGGCCACCAGCCCCUCGGAGCGCCUGCUAGCCGGCUCCAGUCCCCCCAAACACAGCAAGAACAUCAACAGCGGCUACAACCAGAGAGGCAUCAACCACCAGGCACCAGGCACCACCCAGCGAAUGCUGGGGCAGAACUGCCUAUUCCCUGGCCUGGAUGGGGGGACGCGGGGGAGUGGGGGCCACACGGAGAACCAUGUGGUUCCAGAGCUGCCCCGCAGGUCCAAAGGGGACAGAGGAAGGGCUAGUACCAUGGACAAGAGUCUCUGAGCUACAGAUAUAGGGCAGAGCAGAGGAUAGCACGGCCAGUGUUAAGGGAGCUGGAGCAAGGAAGACUUAUGUCAGGGACAUCCAGAGAAACACAGACAAGGUACUGUGUGGAAGGCAGAGAAAGUGAUAGAGAAAGAGAACGUAAGAGAGUGAAAGAAGGAAAGAGACACACUGUGCAGAAUCCCUUUACAAACUGACAGAAAGGGCCAGGAAGGGAGAGAGAUUCAGGGCAGUGUUUGGGCUGUGGUGUGGUGUUCAAUACUAUCGGAAAAGACUUGCAAGACAGAUAAAGAACACUCUCCCUCUCCCCCCCCCCUUCCUGUUAGCCACGGUACACAAGCUACCAUAGAACUGGGCAGAAAACUCCCACAAACCCAACUGAGCAGGGGCCCCACAGGGAGACGUGGGAGCAGGUCAAAGCAGAGCAUGCUGGGAAGGGACAUGGUCUGUUGGUUGGUUGAGGCUGUGGUGGUCCAUUUCAGUGGCUAUGGGGUAAGAGGCAGGAUGAGGGGUGAGGUGGGAAACAGCAAGACAGUCAUCCCCUAUAUUCUCCCACAGGUCUAUAUAUAUCAGCUGACCACUGUCCCAUUCCGCCCCAGCCCAGCUCACACUGUAGAAAACUACACUCUUAGAAAAAGGUUUUCCAAAAGGGUUCUUUGGCUGUCCCCAUAAGAGAACCAUUUUUGGCUUCAGAUAAAAACCUUUUUUAUUCCAAGUAGAACUGUUUGGAUUCCAUGUAGAACUAUCUGUGAAAAGGGUUCUACAUGGAACCCAAAAUGGUUAUAUUUUGAAACAGAAGGGUUCUACCUGGAACCAAGCUUUUAGGUUCUAGAUAGCACCUUUUUUUCUAAGAGUGUAGGGAGGAGUUACGGUAGACGCCAAUAAGCUACUUACUAGUGCCCCCCUAGACCCAAACCUGGCCUUAGUCAUAUGUGUGUGUGUGUGUGUGUGUGUGUGUGUGUGUGUGUGUGUGUGUGUGUGUGUGUGUGUGUGUGUGUGUGUGUGUGUGUGUGUGUGUGUGUGUGUGUGUGUGCACGUGUGUGUGUGUGCACGUGUGUGCACGCGUGUGUGUUUGAGUGAGUUGGCGUGUACGUGUUUAAAAGAUAUCCACACUUUUAGAUUGUCUCACCUGAUUUAUUUUUAUAUAAAUAAAGUAGGUUACCUGUAGAAAUGUGUGAUUUGCUAGUCUGUUGUGUCAUGAUCAUAACUGUUUGAGUAAUUCUGUAUGACAUAUUUCUAGACAAGUUACAGUUGCUGGAGGUUUACAAUCCAGACUCAUCUUAGGGAAAACCACAGUCUGUCAAAAAGAGUCUUGUUCUUCUUGGUACCGUUUCUUUAUCACAUAGUAAGAGUAGAGGACCACAUUUGAUCUAACAUUUCUGUCUGUGAAUGUCUUGAUUGUGUGUCGUUUUAUUUUUAUUGCAUUGGGUUUGAGUCAGAGGGGAAUGGUUGAAAGAAACCUAAUCUUUUUGGUAUUAAAGUCAGGAAUCAUAAAUAUCCCUGAAUUUUUUUUGCAUCAAACACACAUUUAGGAGAGCUCUCCUCCAAGACAUGCAUGUACCAAACAGCCUGCCUCUUCUUCCCAGUCAUACCACCAAGACACAAGGGGCUCUGCGUUAUUGAAACUGAAAAGCAAUGUUUCCGCGUUAGCAGAGAAUGCAUUCAUGGUAAACGCUGCAAGUGUCAGCUCAAUAGGAAAUUACAUUUACAUUUCAAGUGCGCUUUCAUUAACGCUUCAAGCAAUACAGAUUAAAUUAGAGCCCAGAGUUCAAAAGAGUCACUUCAGCUGAUGUGCUGAGAUGUGUAAAAGAAAAAUGACCUGUUUAUUUUUAUGGUACUUUAUAAAGAAUGUGGUGAACGGAUUUAUGAACCUAUAUUUCCAAAUCCAAGCAAACAUUUAUGAUAUAUGUUCAGAUUUAAAGUGAAACAUUGAUCAAGCUGCCAUAACAUGUAUCAUCAUCAUUUUCCUUUCAACAACAUAGAGCCAAAGACUGGUCCAUUUUGAACUGGAGUUGGAAUGAGCGAGAGAAAGAGAAAGAUCCCCCAUACAGUACUCCUUAGGUUGCAGUAUAAGUCUGAACAGCAUAUUAAUUCAAAAGAGGGAAGAGUGUUACUUCUCACUUAUCCAGGAAACCUAGUUACAGGUUUUGAUUGAAUAGCAUGUCUAGUCUUUUUGAGUGCAUCUGCAUUCAUCCGCACACAGACAUACAGACAUAUUGAAAGGACAGCCCAUACACAGGUAUACAAUAUCUACAAGAUAGCUCCAGGCCUGCCCAGUUUCCAUAGUAACAAGCUCCAACCUGGCAAGGCUGAUACCAGAGCUGCAUAGCUCUGCUAAUUGGGGUGGGAAUGUCUAAUUGUAUCGAAAUGCAUGCAUUCUUUAGGUUUACACAGUUUGCACACUCAAACAUACAGUAGUUGUUACACAGGAGUGCACGUAGACAAAGAAACAUCCUGUAACCACCCAUUCCCCCCUGCCUAGUUUUGAAUAAAUGCAUGAUAAUGCAUUCUGAAGAAUAGACGUCACAGUGCAUAGAUAUCACUGAAGAUGCUUAUAAAUUUAAAAAAGACAGACCCACAACACUGUCCACAUACAUGUCCAUGUGUUCGUCCUUGGCUCUCUUCCUCUUCCUGAGAAAAGUCCGUGUGAAAAGGUGAGAACAUCGCAUCUCCAGAGACGCAUUUUUCGCACCCAUUCCUGUCUGAGCUGGAUCCGAGCGAGGGGAGCUAUGUGAAAAGAAUAGUAAUGACUGUAGAAAGGGCAGAACCUCUGAAACACUGUGUAUGUGUGUGUGUUAUUGUCACGUUUAAAGGGACUGAUGCUCAGCCGAAGGCUUCCACUUUGUUAGACAUUAGCUAGGUUUCUAUCCAACUGGCGACAGAUUUUCAUACGAAUAUUCUAAAAUCCACAUAACAACAAUAUGCGCAUUUUCCCACCAGAGAGGUGUUUCCAUCAAAUUGACUUGUUGCGGAUAAAGGCAUGUGCGUGACGAUUUAGGUCUAUUAAACAUACAACAAAUCAUUUUGCCGUUAUAUUCCCAUGUACCGAAUAAACUAAAUCUGUGUUUAAUGGGUUUCCAUCGCAUUUUCAAAUCUACUGAUGGCUUUGUCACACUAAAUUUUGCGUUAAAUAGCAAGUGUGUCCACUAUGGUUUUGGCAUAUGCGCUCUAGUCAG